AUGUACAGCAAAUUGGUGGAGUCGGUCAAGAAAGUAUAUUUUUUUAUUCCAGACGUCAUAACGAAUGUAUCACACUACACGCGACAUUUGGGAUAUGCGAAACGUGAAGACACAAAACGUUACGCCACACUCAUGUGGACUGUGUAUUGA